AUGAACUUCAAAUUUGGCGAACCAGAAGAACAAGAAGAAGAUUAUUUAGAAGUACUGAAAAUUUGCUUUAUCGAUGCAUUUCGAACACAUUUCGCAAAGUUGGUUCUCGGCGUUACAUUCGUUAAUAUUAUAGGAUUGACCUUACUUCAGACUUAUUUCUCUAUAAACAGUUUUAGUACCACACAAUUUUUAAAAUACGCCCCUAUUUACUUUGGACGCUUUCAUGUAUUAGUAUGUGUAAUUUUUAUUUGGCAUCACAUAAAUGUUACACAUAAAUUGUUCGCAAAGAUUCCUCGGUGGAGUUACAACACUAUAGGAAAAAUAUAUAAUAGCAAGGUUAAAAGAAACGCUCUGUAUACAAACAUGUUUGUCGCUUUUAUCACACUGGCUGGUUUUGGUUGCGCCGUUUUGUAUGCAAUACCUACAGAUAAAGAUGAGGAAAUUUUUUUCAUUUUGUCUUGGUUUGAAGAGAACAUGUUGGAAUGGGCUGAUAUUUUCUCUCUUGGUCAUCGACUGAGUUUUCUUUUUGUGUCUGUAAUAAUGCAAGCUCCAAGUAUCCAAAUAUGUUAUAUUGUAAAACAAACUCAAUAUCAGUUAGGCAUCGUAAAAAUCAUCUUAGAAAACAUACAUCAAGGAUUUGACAAUUUGGACACACUAAUUCUCGAUGAUAAUUUCCAAAAAGAAAUGAAAAAAAGAUUAGUGUUUUGUGUUGAACGCCACAUCAACCUUGUUAUAAUAGGGAAGAACUUAGUCAAAGAAGCUGGGGUUUUUGUAUUUCUUCUUGCCGUUACUGGAGCGAUGUGGGGUGUUAGCCUAAUGAUGUUUUUCUAUGUGACUGAAGAUACACCUACUUUUGUAAAUGUACGUCUUUGCGCUCUAAUUUUUGUGUCUACGAUAACAGGAAUUUUAUAUGUGAUACAAGGACAAAACAUUCAGGACGUUAGCGAAGAGUGUUUUCAAACUGUGAGUCAAAUGGAUUGGUAUUACUGGAAUGAGGAAAAUAAAAGAAUCUAUCAGAUUAUGUUUCUUAACUGUUUUAAUCCAUUUACUAUAAAAUUUUCAGAAAAUCUGACAGUAAAUUAUAAACUAGGAAUUGAAUUGGCAAAAGCCGUAUACUCUAUGAUGUCAUUUAUGACGUAUGUAUCUGAUAAAAUAAAAAAAUAA